GUCCUCGGAUAUACUCGCCACGUUACACGAGCUUCCUCUCCUCCCUGUUUUCUCUCCCCAUCCGACGGGAAGCGAACUACCCUCCACAGGUUCUCCAGCACCACCCCUUCGCCACGUUUCUCCUCCGCGUUUUUCCACCCUAACACACAGACACCGUCGAGUCUGACUCCCCUCCAACGGCACCGUUUCUCUCCCGUGUCCGCUAUACGCCGUCGCCUCGCUCGUGGAUUCUCUCCCUCUCGUUUCAUCCCUCCCGAUGGCAACCGGACCCGAUCGUCGAUCUCUGUUUGGUCGGUGGUCGCGCUGUCUGUCGUGCAAGCGGGAGACUCAGUCCGGUUGCCUACCUCGGGCGCUGUUGACAGCCACCCCCGUGCGCGAGGAACUCUCUCUUCCCGAUGCCAGCCGCGCGCGCGUUACCGCCGCCGCCGCCGCCGCCGCCGCCGCCGCCGUUCUCGUCGUCGUUCCUCUUCCGCUACAGUGGCGAGACCCCGUGACAGUGGCCGUCUUCCUCUCUCCCUCAUUCUCUCUCUCCGUCGCGCGAGAAACUCCCGGACGAACGCGAGAGCGCUGUUUCGUUCUAAGAUUUUUAAAUCGCAGAGACGUUCCCGUGCAAACAGGCACGGUUUUCGCCCAGUGCAUUGGUGAGCAACGACUUCCAGCAGUGUGAACUCGUCGCGAAGGAAGAAACAGUUCGUUCGUUCGGUUACACGGACUGUACGCUCGUCGCCGACCAAGGGUAAAAGGCAGCUGGAGAACGUCGGGCGGCGAUGAUGAGAGAGCGUACGGCAAAUCGUGCGGGAUCAUGGUGGUGAACGGUAGUAGCAGCAGCGGUAGCAGCAGAGGCAGAGGCAAACGGCGAAAGCCAGCGCUGCUGGCAUGAACGAGGAGGACAACAGUCCCGACGAGGCUCGCGAUCGCGAUGCGCGAUAGACGUGACGCGAACACCACGUUCUCGCCGAACUCCCGACACACGUCCGAACUCUGUUCACGAUACGUGACACUGGUGAUCUUUACCUGGACGACCGUGUCCGAUUCACCGAGGUGUAUCGCGACAGCCUAGCGCGCGUCUAAAGGAAUAUUUGGCAACGCGAUCGCGAGCAGACGAGAGCCAAGCGGACACAGGAACUACGGAGAAUAGAGCACGUUGAAACGGGAAGAGGAGAAAACAGGAAGAAGAGGCACGAGGAAAGGAAGAUAGAGGGUCUGGCCGGUCGGUGCUGCGAUGAACAGACGAGUAUCGUCGAGAGUCAUAACGUGGUUCGCGUGACACAGGCCGUUUCUCACAGUACGUUUCUCGUCCAUCGUAAACGGACGGAGGCACCAGGGCCUAGAUAAACGCCCGCUACUACUACACAUCCUCCUCCCGCUUCCAUUCUCUUCUACCCGGACGACGAGGUAUUUAAUCCUUAACGACGAGGACACGCGUACCAGGGAGGCACGAUAGUAUGACGGUGAUGCUGCUGCAACGUUCAGUCACCCUGCAGUCGACGCACAGCCAAAAAACAGCGAACAAGGACUGCAGCGCGAAGCCGCCCUUCCUAUUCCUGCUCGACGACAGUCAGGAGCAUCGUCUGUCCACUGAGACCACUAUCACGACGACGACCAACAACAACAACAACAACAACAACCUCAACAACAAUAAUAACAACAACAACAACAACAACAACAAUAAUAAUAAUAAUAAUAACAAUAAUAAUACGAUCAAAGAAGCCAACAGAAGAGACAGCAAUCGGUCGUACGUCGCCGACGACACGGCGGCGUCGGUGACGUCCCAGAGACGCGCCGACUGUGGCCAGGACGUCGCGAUGCGAUAUUACCGGCUCUGGAUCUACACCUGUAACUUGGUGUUACUCGGCAGCGCGCUCGGCUUCGCCGCCGCGGUCUCCCGCACGCUUCUCUUCACCGGCGAUCCACGUCGGUACGUGGUACCCGGAGUGCCACGCGCCUUCGACCCGACGGCCCUUUACGCUUACUUGGCCCUCGCCACGCAGCUCGGCCUCGUUCAACUGCUGGGCUGCAUCGCCGCGAGGAGAUUGAGCGCGAGACUCCUGAACGCCUACUGGGUACUCCUGCUGGCGCUACUCUUCGGCGACGCCGUCAUCGGGGUCGCCUGGGUCUUCCGGUUCGAGAGGAUGCGCGCCGAGCUCAGGCCCACACUCAGGCAACGGUUGCAGAUGGAGUAUGGCAAAGACCUGCGAUUCAGCGAGCAGUGGGACUGUCUGCAAAAGGAAUUCAACUGCUGCGGGGUCACCGGACCCAGGGACCCGUUCGGCUCUCGAUGGCCGCAGACCUGUUGCGGGCCCACCGGUAACGCGAGCGAUACCUGCCAACAACCGUACGUGAGGGGCUGCGAGGAAUCGUUGAUGCGAUGGCUGAGGAAAACCGCGGACCUACUCUUUGUCCUCGGCUUCUGCGUGAUCGCGUUCGCCAAACUGUGUUUCCUGGGAAUACUGCGUUACGAGAUACGGGAGAUGAUACAGAAGAUACGGCUAUUACGAGAGCCGCCGCCGCCAGCUGCCACGCUCGCGCAGCCACCCUUCUCGCAGGUGAUGCCGGAAACGACCAACAACGGGAGCAUCGUGCGUCGACCGACCUUACCCAACGCAGUUACCCCCUCCGGGAACGCGUCGUUGUUGAUCCAAACGGAUGAGUGCAACACCGGAAGGCAUCCCCUGUUGGCGAAUAACUUGCAGGACGGCGGCGCGGAUAGCGACACGAAUAGCCAUUGCGCGCUGAUCCUCGAGGAGACGACGCCGACCUCGGCAAACCACAACUGCGGCAACCGGGAGAAGAGCAACGGGAACAACAACUACGAAAUGCGGGAGUUUAAUAGAAGAUUGUGGCUGUCGAACGGCGGCAGCCCGGGCACGGGUAUAACAGCCGGUGGUCAGAGCAGGCGCACCUGACUAUGGAAGUGGUGGCGAAACACGUCGAACCGUCUCCUCUACAGGAGCAAUCGGUCCGCCGAGAUCACCGUGUAUAAGAUAGAUCCGCAGACCGGAGCUAAGGUUUCUAAAGAUUCUACUGACCUCACGAGCACACCAGCCCACAAUAAGCGAAUUACGUUCAAAGUCUUGCGCGUCGCCAGGAAAAUGUAUCGCUGAAUCGUCGUUCCGUCAGAUUAGAGCCCCGCGAAUGCAACCAUUUCAACCCGGACUAGACUACAUAGACCGUAGGGUGUACCUUGUCGGUGUCUUAAAGUUUCGUUCAGUAUCGACUCAGAGUCGAGUGACCGUUUUGGCGAUUGUGCACGACGAUUCUAACGAUGCGCGUUCCCCGCGACGUGAAAAUUCCGAAUCGCUGACGAGCAGGAAAAUUCCGUUCGCACGACGACACGUACAACGACCGGAGAGAGAUCGAGGCGAGCGACUCGCAAGGAGGAACGGACAGCGAAAUAUAAAAUUGAAAAAAAAAAAAAUACAUGAAAACGAAAAAAAAAACGAUGAGAGGAGGAAGGGGUCGAAGCUGCACAAAAGGGAAGAGGAAGGCCCUGUGAUCGGAACACCUUCUUCCGGCGUCCUUUCGAAUUCUCUUUCUACACGUCUUUCCGUCCUCGCACGGUCGGCGAACAAAAAAAUGAAAAAAUACAGAUGAAACGAUACAAAAAAAAUAUGAUCGAUCAUACUUUUGUAGGUUUAUUUUUAGCGGUAAGUUUUCCUAUAUGAAACUGUAUCUCUCUUUGAAUCAAGACGAACCAAAGAGCGUUUAGGACUCGUUGUUAUACUGAUUUUUACCACGCGAAUCACGCGGCCAGUAUGUCACAAUGUAAGAUGUAACUAUCGUCGCCGUUGUAACGAGGAUCACACCACCUUUUCGUUGAUAAAUAUUUAAUUAUUACGUUUCCGUUGGAUCGUCGACGCGCGAAUUUAAUUAAACCAAUGGCUGCGAUACUUCUCUUCCUAUGCAAAUGCACACGUGAAAGCUUAUUGAAAUCGCUCGGACGUUUGUUAUUGCGUUUUAAACACGUUGACCGCAAAUAAAUCUGUUUAGCACAGAACGACUGAGUGGCUGAGAAAUGAUAAUAAUUGCUCACGGCCACACGGUGUGGUAAACAUAUUUCUUUUGCUCGCUUCACCUCGAUUACUAGACUACGUUCCAUCUUUCCUUUGUGUCAAUUCUCACAAGGCCUUGUUUUUCUCGGGAAAGGAACAACCGCGGUGCGACACGCGAUAGUUACAGGCAACAAAAUUGUGGGAUACUGCCAAACGGAUUCUCCCAAUAGCGAAAAUACGACUAUAAAAAGGAACAAAAAAAAAGAAGAAAAAUCUGUCUUUUCGACGAGCUAUACAUUACGAUUAGCGAAGGUGAAACUAAACAGCGCAUUGGAACAAGAAGACAUAUAAAAUAUAAAUAGUAUAUAUAUAUGAAUUAUAUAUAUACACAGCAACAGACACACAAAGUCACCGCAUAAGAAUAACGACUAUAAAUUCCUAGUUCUUUUUAUAUAAAGCGAUACAUACAUACAUGCAUACAUGCAGCGCGACAGUAGUCUGUAUUAAUUUGUGCAGCAAGUCGUAUGAAUACAUACAUACGAUACUCAAAUUGGCUUCCUAGCUAGGAUUAAUCGAAUCUUAGGGAUUAUAUACGUUUACGAAUGCAAAGAUAAUGGAUAUACGUAUUAGUAGUCUGUACAUAGCGGUGUAUGGUAGUCAAAUAUUAAGCGUCGAUCGUCUGUUUAAGAAAAAGCCAAAAUCCAUAGCACACGGUUCAACUUUUACACACUGGGACAACGUUACUUGAUUUGUUUUCUUUAGAGGAAUGUAAAAUAAAAAUUAGGAUGGUGCGUGCAACGCACACUUGUUAGACAAGUCAGAUUUGAUGUUUUGGUCUCUCUCUCAUAAUUAAAUAUCAGUCUGGACAACAGGGUAUUCUACUUUAGGGCAUCGUACGCGCAGUAGAUCGUUACCAAACGAAUCAUUGACACAAGACACGUUCAUUAACGCGUAUUGUUAACCAGAUCCGAAUGCGUAUGUUUCUUUCGUCUCGUGUAAUGAACAACUUCCGAAUAUCGAGGAAGAACGAAAUAGUCGCAAUUGAAAUAGAUCGAGGGUUCUUUCUUAACCAGGCCAUCGAGUUAUCGUUGAAUGUACUAAGCUAACAUAAUAAUAUGAAAGCUUACACCUCGCAGACAUACAGCCUCUGCCACUAAAUGUAUAUAAGGAUGUACACGUAUUCUAUAUGUAAAACGUACGACAGAUAGCAUUAAUUAAUUCCCAAAACGAUUAUUUAGAUGUUAUUACGACCCGACCAGGAGUGGAAACCUACGCGUUAACUUCGAUUAGAGUAAGCUUUUAAACUUCUGGUUCGAGACGACACGUACUGUUACUUCACAUCUUGAUUCAUUUACUCGGUGCGUUCGAUUUCUCAUCUUGUACUCGUCAAACGGACAAAGUAUCCCUUUUGCGUUCUAUCGAAAUAACAAAUAGUGAUGCCGUAACGAGGACAGCUUUAAUAAAACACGUUCAUUAUCUGUAGUUAUUUGUAACUGAUCGAUAUUUAAAUGUAACAUAUAUAUGGAAACGAAUGGGAGAGAGAGGGAGCUUUGAAUAGUGCCUGCUUAAGAAACCCAAUUUACUGUAUAUGUAAAUGGUUAGAUACGGUAUGUACGUUAUUUCGUACACGGUAAACAAAAUAGAAUUACCGUAGCCAAGUAUGGGAAAAAGUGUAAACUAGAAGUUGAAAUGCGUUCUUCACUUUGGUCAUGCACAACGAAAAACGCUUGUAUUCAGUUCUGCUUUAGAACAAUUUCCCCACGAGCAUUGCCCUGAUCAAAAUCUUGAGAAGAUUCACCUACCAAAGUUCCAAGGAACAUUUUCCUUCGUAAAUCGUACCUAUUUCACGCUUUUCGUUUCGACGUGCAAUACCGCGAUGGUUCUCCGAACAUGUUUCGAUCAUGCUUUUUGAUUUUUAUACACCACUCUUCCCCAUACUGUACUGUGUACCAUGAGUUCGUGUUAUUCGAUAUUCUUAAAUGUACAUAAAACCUAUGUGGUCGUAAUUGUAUGUAAAUACUGUUAAACGUUCUAUAACUUCUCUGAAGUACGAAUACAAGGAAGAUUGGUUAUUUAGUAUAA